AUCUUUUUUCUAAAAAUGGAUUCAUGGACUGGACAUAAAAAAGAAUACACAUGUCGGUUAUUUAAUUCAUGAAGCCAUCUCGAUCAUUUUAAAGUUCGAGCCGGCCUAUUCAUGCAAGCAGAACUAAACUCGGCCCAUUUAGUCACUCGUCAACGCGUUCGGACGAGCGGAACCGUUUAAUGUUAUGAGGAAAGACUUUUGAGCAGUGGUGCAAUCGAAGGGCUAUAGGUUACAGCCAACCGUCAAGCUUGCAACUCAAGUCUUAGGUUAGCGACUUUCCAACCAUGGGAACUUCAUUACACCGUUUAAUAAUUGUAUUCCUACUCAUAAUGGCCGUAUUGUUUGUUAAUGGAUCCAACAUCUGUACAUCGCGAGGAGUCAGUACUUGUCGACAAUGUUUGGCUAUAAACCCUAAAUGUGCUUGGUGUUUUCAGGAGGGGUUCGGGAGAGGGGGCUCUAGCGUGUCCCGCUGUGACCUGAGGGACCAGCUCCUGGCGUCGGGCUGUGAUGAAGCGUCCAUGGAGUUCCCGUCCAGCUCCCUGACCGUUGUAAAGGACACGCCCCUCAGCGACAAGGCCUCAGGAGUGGCCGACGACGUCACGCAGAUAAAGCCUCAACGAAUCCACAUGAAGCUGAGACCAGACGACACCCAGCGCUUCACCGUGUUAGUGAAGCAGGUGGAGGACUAUCCCGUGGACCUCUACUACCUCAUGGACCUGUCUUACUCCAUGAAAGACGAUUUGGCUAAACUUCGCUCCCUUGGCAACGAUCUCGCCAAAGCUAUUGGCGAAAAGACAAGCAACCUGCGCAUGGGCUUUGGGGCCUUCGUGGACAAGCCCAUGUCUCCGUACAUGUACAUCGCCCCGGAGAAGGCUCUGAAGAACCCUUGCUAUGGGAUAAAAACGAAUUGCCUGGCUCAGUUUGGAUACAAGAACGUGCUGUCUCUGACGGAGCAGGUGGCUCGGUUCACAGAGGAGGUGGGCAAGCAGCAGGUCUCCAGGAACAGAGACUCCCCUGAGGGGGGCUUCGACGCCAUCAUGCAGGCAGCAGUCUGCAAGGAGAAAAUUGGCUGGCGGCCCGAUGCCUCCCACCUCUUGGUGUUCACUACGGACGCCGAGACGCACAUCGCUCUGGACGGACGUAUCGCCGGCGUGGUCUCGCCCAACGACGGCCUCUGUCACCUGGACAGGAGUGACGUGUACGACAUGUCCACACUGCUGGAUUAUCCCUCUUUGGCUCUUUUGACGGAUAAAAUGUCAGAAAACAACAUCAACCUUGUCUUUGCUGUCACCGAGAUUGUGCUUCCACUCUACAAGAACUACAGUCAGCUCAUUCCAGGCACGACAGUGGGAAUGCUGUCCAGUGACUCUGGGAACAUUAUUCGACUCAUUCUCGAAGCUUAUGCGAAUAUCCGCUCCAAGGUAGAACUGGAGUUGCUGGACGUUCCGGAGGAGCUGGCUCUGUCCUUCGAUGCAACCUGCCUCAACGGGGAGGUCAUUCCCGGCUUCAAGUCCUGCAGCGGCCUCAAGAUUGGUGACACGGUGUCCUUCAGUGUGGAGGCCCGUCUGCGGGGCUGCCCCAAGGAAAAGAGCCGCACGUUCACCAUCAAACCCAGGGGCUUCAAGGACGCCCUGGAGAUCAACGUGGACUUUGCCUGUGGAUGCGCCUGCGAGGCCCAGGCCGAGCUGGACAGCCCCCUGUGCAACCAGGGCAACGGUACGCACGAGUGCGGCGUGUGCCAGUGCCACCCGGGGCGGCUGGGCCCGAACUGCGAGUGUUCUGAGGGAGACUACAGCCCGACUGAUGAUGAAAAAUGCAGCCCCAAUCCCGAGGCCCUGACCUGCAGCGGUCGAGGGGAAUGCUUGUGUGGACAGUGCGCCUGUCGCAGAAAUGACAAUGGGCAUGUCUGGGGCCAGUACUGCGAAUGUGACGACUUCAGCUGCACGCACUUCAAAGGGAAACAGUGCUCUGGUCACGGGAAAUGCGACUGCGGCAUCUGCAUAUGCAACGCGGACUGGAAAGGAAGCAACUGUAACUGCUCUGAACGUGUGGACACCUGCAUGUCCACCACCGGCAUGCGGUGCAGUGGGCGCGGCCACUGCUUGUGCGGCAAGUGCGAGUGCACGCAGGUCGGGGCCUACGGAACCACCUGUGAGAAAUGCCCCACUUGCCCUGACGCGUGCACCAUCAAAAAGGAUUGUGUGGAAUGCAAGCACUUCUUGCGAGGUCCCCUAAGCGACGACAGCGAGACCUGCGCAAGAAUCUGCAAGGAUGAGAUCGAGCCGGUGGAUAAAAUAAUAAAUAAUUUGAAUGCGGUAAACUGUUCGUACAAGGAUGAAAAUGACUGCGUGGAGUAUUUUCAAUAUUUUGAAGAUGCAAGUGGGAAAUCCAUCUUGUAUGUGAUGAAAGAGCCAGACUGUCCGCAGGGUACUGCCAUCUGGGUCGUCCUGUUGGCAGUGGCCGUGGCAGUUUUGUUUUUAGGCCUAGCCACCCUCCUCAUCUGGAAGCUGUGGGUCACCAUCGUCGACCGGAGAGAGUUUGCCAAGUUCAACGACGAAAGGGCAAAGGCCAAGUGGGAUACUGCUAACAAUCCUUUGUACAAAGGAGCCACCUCCACGUUUACCAACGUGACAUACAGAGGGAAAUGAGCACAGCGACGAUGUUGAAAAGAGAAUAAAAAUCUCAGGGGUAUUUCUCUAGUCUGCCCAGCAUGUGUUGUACUACCACAAGAAUGUACAGGGAGGGAGCACCUUUGUUACACUGUUACGUGGCCACCUACUGUCGAAUUUAAUUGAGGGACUGUUUUCAAUAUGUUGUCAUUGUGCAAAGAAGAAUGACAUUUAUUUAACUGCUCCAAAUGCGGUUGUGUUAUUCACCCACUAGCUAUAGUGAGCAAAUAAUGUCUGUCCUGUAUAGGAUGUAGCCUAAAGCUGAGCAUGGGAUCAAACAUUAAAUAUGGACAAUAAAACAAAACCAGAUGCACAAUCAUGCAAUCAUUUGAGUUGUAUUGUUUUGUAGGCCUAGCACCAACUGCUCAGAAUGUUACCUUUUAAUAUAUGCUGUAAAAACUGUCCUGUAUUGUAAAUGUGUUUCUAUCUUUGUUAAAUAGUUAAUCAAAUUAUGCACCUCAGAAAAUGAAAAACAUGAGGUCUGUUGAGCUUGAAAUUCUAGAUUUUCCUGACUACCUUUUAAAAUAAAUAAUAGUAAUCAAAAUAACAAUGAUGAUGAUGAUAAUAAUAAUAAUAAUAAUAAUAAUACAUGUUAUUUGCUUAACUAUAAUUCCAGCUAAAUAUAAUAAUAAACCUUGGCCUGUCUCCUGCAAACCACUUUUAGCUGCUUCUAUAAGCAAAAUGUGUAAACCAACAAAUCAUCACUCUCACAAUGCUUUGCAAUUUUUACAUUUAUUUCAGAUUUUGUGACGAAUGUAAACAAAUCGAUAAUAUUAUGCUUGAUAUGUAAACUGUUUUCUAUUUGUAUCUAGUUGUGUGAAAAUGUUGAAUUGUUACAAAUCAAGUUUGAUAUUUUUGUUUUGUAUUUUUGCUGUACACUGAAGACCGGAUGAAAAUGUAUAUGAAUCUAAAAUAGUGCUAUUAAUAUUACAUCAGUGGUCACCAUAGGCUACUGCAAUACAAUCCAAUAAAAGUUAAUAAACCUGCAUCAUGAUAUGCAAAACA